UCCAGUGAAUCAUUCUCUCCAGAUCCAGAUGCCUUAAAAUGUGGAAAUGAACCUCUGGAACCUACAGCAGUUGUGAUCCUGUGUGUCAUCUUCACAUGCAUCUCUGUAUUGGCCAUACUCGGAAACCUGCUGCACUAACUCGAGGAUGGCUCUUAGGAGACUUUCUUUGGAAACUCCUCCACAUCGUCAUGGAUGCAAACUUCUACACCAGCAUCAUCUUCCUCACCUGUAUUAGCAUCGAUCGGUACCUUGUGAUUGUGCAAGCCAGGGAGACACUCAAGAGUCACCAAAGCAUGUACAGCAGGAUCCUUUGCACAGUGGUGUGGGUUCUCGGUUGUGCCCUUGCUCUGCCUGCUCUUUUCAUUCACUUUGACAUCGGCAGAUCUACCGUAUGGAGGCUCACGAUUCAGGGGUUCAUUUGUGUUUUUGGCUUUUUGGUCCCUGCGAUUGUCAUGAUCUCCUGCUACAGCAUCACUGUUUCACGGCUGCUGCUCACUCGUGGUUUCCAGAAGCACCGAGCCAUGCGGGUGAUCAUAACCAUUGUGACUGCGUUUCUGCUCCUCUGGACACCAUACCAGAUAACCAUGGUGAUAGACAUACUGCUGAGGGCUGAUGUGGUACAGUAUAGUUGUGAUAUGAGGAGGUCGUUAAACACAGCCUUGGUUGCAACCCACUGCCUGGCUCUGCUGCACAGCUGCAUCAACCCUUUCCUCUAUGCCGCUGCAGAAGAGAAGCUCAGGAAGAAGAUGAAACUGUGUUUUUAGAGAAAUGUCUGAUGGGAAAGUAUGUGACGCUCAAAAUUCAGGAGGUCAACACUUCCAGUGCUUCCAAUGCCUCAGAAGGUACUGGAACAGUUCUCUGAGCGCUUGGUGAACUUUUUGUUUUCACAUGGUACCAGGGCUUCUACAAACAAGCUGCUUUUAAAUGUUAUCAUCUCUGGCUCUCUUCCACGGCCUGUCUUUGUCCUGUCUUCCUCCCCCAACCAGCCAAGGUAGAUGGCUGCCGUCUACCUUGGGGUAUAUGGUUGUUGGGCUUUUCUGUUGUUUUUUUGGCGGGUGAUGGGGGUUGGACUAUUGUUGAGUUUUUAUCUUACAAUGUAAAGCGCCUUUAAGCAACAUUAUGGGUUGUGUUUUUGGUAGUGUUUGUAUGCGUGCCAUUUUGUCAUUCUGCCUGUAAACAUGAUAACUGCAAAAAUUUGGGGAUGAAUUCAGGCAAAACAUUGUAGGGGUGUAGAGCGGGGUCAUGUUAACAAUCCAUUAAGAUUUACUGUGCACCCACCAAGGUCUUUCAGGUCAACCUAAUGAUUCAGUAGUCAAAAAUUAACAAAAAGCUUUAUAACUUAACAAGUAUGGUGUGUAUUGUCAACAUUUGACCUCUGACCUCUAC